CAAACCAAGAGAUGGUGAACAGAUAAUGGACAAACGCAUUAGCAGCAAAGAUUUCAAGACAUCUGUGACACGUUAUCACUGCAUUUAACAUCUUAAAAUGUGUUUGGAGUUUGUUCUCUGCUGUUUGUUCUUUACAGGUGUGUUUGGUGAUGCAGGUGAAGUGACAGUGUCAGUGAUGGAGGGAGAUUCUCUUACUCUACACACUGAAGAUACUGAAAUAAAGAGACAUGUUACAAUCAAGUGGAAGUAUGGACCUCGGGAAAUGGUCAUAGCUGAAGUAAACGGACGUGUCCCAAGCUUCUCAACAUAUGAUGGUGAUCAUGAGAGAUUCAAAGACAGACUGAAGCUGGACUAUGAAACCGGAGAUCUCACCAUCACAGACAUCAGACCUGAUCACUCCGGACUUUAUAAACUACAGGUCAUCAGCAACAGGGUCUCAUACAAAAAAUACAUUGUUACAGUCUAUGCUAGUCUGCCUGUUCCAGUCAUCUCCAGAGACUCUUCUCAAUGUUUAUCACCAGAAAGAACUUCAGUGUCAAAUUGUUCUGUGUUGUGUUCAGUGAUGAAUGUGUCACAUGGUGUGAGUCUCUCCUGGUACAAAGAAAAGAGUUUAUUAUCCAGCAUCAAUGUGUCUGAUCUCAACAUCAGACUCUCUCUUCCUCUGGAGGUGGAAUAUCAGGAUACAAACACAUACAGAUGUGUCAUCAACAAUCCCAUCACAAACAUCACUCAACAUCUAGACAUCAAUCAACUCUGUCAUCCAAAAUCAGCUUGUCUACCUGUUCCCGUCAUCUCCAGAGACUCUUCACAAUGUUCUUCAUCUUCGGUGUCAAAUUGUUCCUUGUCAUGUUCGGUGUUGAAUGUGACAGAUGUGAGUCUGUCCUGGUACAAAGGAAACCGUUUAUUGUCCAGCAUCAGUGUGUCUGAUCUCAACAUCAGACUGUCUUUACCUCUGGAGGUGGAAUAUCAGGAUGCAAACACAUACAGCUGUGUAGUGAACAAUUCAGUCACAAGUCAGACUCAACAUGUCGGUCCUGAUGUCUGUCGGCCGUGUUCAGGUCGUGUCCACUGUUGUGGUUUUACGGAAAUUGUGAUCCGAUUGGUCAUCUCUUCUCUGGUGGUCGUUGCAACUGUUGCUGUUCUGGUUUAUGAUGUCAGAUCCAGUGGAGAUGGGCAGAAGAAAUCACGAUCACAUCAAUCAAACGCUGUUGAAUCUCAUGCUCUAACAUUAGUACUUGAGAUAAAUGCACAAGAAAGUCAUUGAGGAAAUUUGUUCAAUAUUGUUUGGAAGGCAAUAUUGUUAUGUUUCAAUAUUACAUGUGAUUUUAUUUUUUUAAUAACAUAAAAAAUAGAAAUAUGUCAGUUAUUCUGUCUUCCUAGAAUGUUCUUUAGAUCAUUUGUAUUUUAUUUAGAUUAUGAUAUCAAUUGUGGUCAUAUCUAGGUCAGGUUUCAUAUCGUUUACUGUUGUUUUUGUUCCAUUUCAUAUAGAAUACACUAAUUGACAACAUCAUUCAUUAAGUAUAACAGCAUUUUCUGGGACAUAAAAUACAAUAAAUACAAAUUAUUACAGAAAACUUAAGUAUAGCUUUAUGAAUGACAGGAAAAAUAUAAAAGUGAAAAUCCAUAAAAUGACAAAACACAAACGAACUGCUUUGCAACAAGUCUUCUUUAUUUAAUCAUUUUCAAAAACAAGUGCUUUUAAUACGUGUUUACAAGACAAUUAAUAAAUUGAUAAAAUAUUGCAACACAUAGCAGCUUAAUGCAGUACUGUCAAAUAACCAGCAGAUGGAGACUGGAGAACCACCACUACAGAAAGUGUGAUUCAUUGAAAGUGCCGCACAGAAUUGUCAUGCUUUCCGAAUAAUCCUCCACCUAUCAGUUGAAGUGUUGCAAUACUCUGUUUGUUUGUGUUGAAUGAAAAGCAAAGCUUCCCAAGCCAGUUCGCUUGAAGACACUUAAAGUAUCUCCUUUAUCUGAAACCCCCACUUCAGGUUUUACAAGCUUAUGAUGUCAAUAAGUUGAUUCAGGUAGAGCAAAUGAAAACUGCUUGUUUGUCUCCAGAAACAGGGUUGAGAAAUUCUGCUUUAGAGAGAUCUUGAAUACAAUGAAUCACAUAAUAAAUCGGAUGCUGAUUCUC